CAUAAAGACAUUCAAAAACAUUCACGAAUAAAACUUCGUAAUAAAAUCGACUUAACUAAUAACGGUCUCUAUCUAAUAAGUGACCCUACUGGCCUGUUUACGUAUACGCCAGAAUUUAUAUUACUAAACCAAUUAUAUCAAAAUAUAACACAUGUUAAGGAAAGUUAUCAACAUAAUUUAACAAUUCCUUCUCGUGAUCUAAGCUCCCAAUUAAAAUAUCAAUUAACUGAAAAUCAUUUGAACAUAGAUGAAUAUAUUAGAUAUUUAGAUACAUAAUCGAUAUAUUUCUUUUAUUAUAAUAUUAAAAUUCUAUUCUUUAAACCUGAUUAACCUUCGAAUUACAUAUACCUAGUUGCGUCCAUAUCCCUAAAAUACCUAGUGAAACUUACCUAGUAACCAACUAGUCCGUGCCUACAUCAUUCCCCUAGAUCCACUUAGUCCUAGCUCUCGGCGUCCCUGGGGUACAGCCGGUGAAAGCAGGUUGCCCUAUAAAAGUAGAGAGCAAUCUUUUUCUCACUAACUGAGGUAUAGAGAGAGAAAGAGCGUCGCUGAGACGUAACAGUUCUAUAUUCCAUAGGUACAAUGGCUAAAUCCCAUGGCACUACUAAAGCCCCGCGUAAGCAGGGCUUUAAUCGUUCGGGGCAUAGCAUGAAUCCUGAACGUCCAACGGAAGGAUUGAAAGGAGUUGCUAAAGUACGAACAAAAGCGACUAUUAAAAGAUUACAGAUGUAUCGUAAUCAGAAACCAAAACGCAAUCGUUCUGGAAAGAUCAUUAGCCCUGCGCCCUUUCAAGGCUGGAACACUUCUGGAACUAUGUCACGCGUGGAACCAUCUCGGGGAUGGUUCGGUAAUUCAAGAGUUAUCUCGCAAAAUGCUCUACAAAAAUUCCAAAAUGAAUUGGGAACUGCUAUAAAGGAUCCCUAUAAGGUCGUCUUGAAACCGACUCAAUUGCCUAUAACUUUACUUCAGCAAAAAGCAGCAAAUGCAAGAGUACACUUGUUAGAUACGGAAAGUUUUGAAAGUGUUUUUGGUCCAAAAAAGGUAAGAAAGAGACCCAAUUUAAUGAUAACAUCUUAUGAUGAAUUGAAAAAAUCGGUCGAAGAAAAAGAAGAUACUUACAACAAGGAGAAGGAUACCAAAGAUUAUGAUCUAAUUCGCGAGGAUACUGGUGUAAAAGAUGCGCAGAGAGAAUGGAUCAUGGGAGCAGGACAAAGUAAGAGGAUAUGGAAUGAGUUGUACAAAGUCAUUGAUUCCUCGGAUGUUAUUCUGCAAGUAUUGGACGCGAGGGAUCCGAUGGGUACCAGGUCUCCUCCUGUGGAGAAAUUUUUAAAGACCGAGAAACCUUACAAACAUCUGAUAUUUAUAUUAAAUAAAGUAGAUCUAGUACCAACGUGGGUUACGCAAAGAUGGGUAGCAAUUCUGAGCAAGGAAUAUCCAACGGUUGCCUUUCAUGCUUCCUUGACACAUCCCUUUGGCAAAGGCUCUCUGAUAAAUCUGUUGAGGCAGUUUUCAAAAUUGCAUGUUGAUAAAAAGCAGAUCAGCGUGGGUUUCAUAGGAUAUCCUAAUACAGGAAAGAGUUCUAUUAUAAAUACUUUGCGUUCCAAGAAGGUCUGCAAAGUAGCACCUAUAGCCGGUGAGACAAAGGUAUGGCAGUAUAUAACUCUUAUGCGUCGUAUCUAUCUGAUAGAUUGUCCUGGCGUCGUCUAUCCGUCGACGGAAACCGAUACAGAGAAGGUGUUGAAAGGCGUCGUGAGAGUGGAACUUGUUCAGAACCCAGAAGAUUACAUCGCCUCCGUUCUAGAACGAGUGAAACCUGAAUACAUACGUAAAACGUAUAAAAUAGAUAAGUGGGAAGAUCAUGUCGAUUUUUUGGAAAAAUUAGCUCAUCGAAGUGGCAAGCUUUUGAAGAAGGGAGAACCCGACAUAGCCAUCGUCGCCCGUAUGGUAUUAAAUGAUUGGCAACGCGGUAAACUGCCAUUUUAUAUUCCUCCAAUAGGUUUUGAAGAACCAUUGGAACAUACGACUAAUACAAAAACAAUUGUCGCGCGAGAUAGUGCGCCAAAUGUCAUCGAUGAAACGGCACAAAAGAGUGAUAGCUUAUCUUCGGAAGCAAUGAAUACACAGAAUGAAUUGACAGUCACGCAAGAUUUUAAAAAAAUACGUGUUGCGUUACAUUAUUCGGGCGAUGACAUCAGAAAGGAUUUGGAGCCCGAUACUUUAGAUGAAAAUAUUGAAGAAGAUGAUAGUAAUGUAGAAAGCGAGCCGGAAUCGGAAAAUUCAGAAAUGAAAGAUACAGCUAAUUUACUAUUUAAUAACGAUCAGGAAAGUUUUUUGAACGUUGAUAACAUUCUCGAAGAUAAUGAUGAGGAUGCGAUCGAAGAAGAGGAUAAUCUGAAACAGAACGCGUUGGACUUUAUAGACAAUGAAUAUAAUUCCAGCGAUAGUGAAACUACUUCCAAGGUUCAUUCAAGCAGCGGCGCAUUCACUAUCUCGUCAGUGUCCUUCGCGAAAAAAGCGAUGGACAAAUUAACAAGUAAACAGCAAAGGGCUAUAGAACGCGCGAGUAAGAGGAAGAAGAUAGGAAGCAAUUUCUACGAAGUGACAAAUGUGAAAAACAGAAAUAGAAACAGGAAAAUUCCCAAAACAAAGAGAAGGUGAUAAAUCGAUCCUAGAAUAAGUUAGAUUAAUUUUAUUCAAGUAUUUAUAAAAAAUGCGAGCAAGAGUUUUUAUAUAAAAAUAUAUUUUAUAUAUCUCAAA